AUGUGCCGCCGCUCCCGGCUUGUGCUAGCCUUACCGGCCAUACUGCUCUCUUUGCUUGGUGCUGCCUCUUUCGUGCGACGUGCAAGAUUUGCACGACUGUUGGAUGUAAAGGCAUUUGCUGCUGCAGAGGCAGUGACGACUACGACUGCAAGGACCAUGACCAUCGCAACGGCGACUCUAAAGCCGCCAACUUCCACAUCGCCUGCUACGGCAAUGAACAACAGCCGUCACAAACCAGUCGAUGCAAACCGCAAAAAUGUCUAUAUGCUUGGGAAUUCUGUGACGCGGCAUUAUGGGUUUGAAAUUUGUGAGCUGGCGAAGAGUGGUAAGUCUAAUCAAACGCAAGUUCUUGAUCGUAAGCAGGAGCAGAAGCUGUGCAGGGGAAUUUUGGGUACUAGUAGCUGCGAGCUCUACUGUGGCUCAACGGCAGUGCGUUUCCUUUGGAAGAACACACUGAGCUUGUCUGCAAGUGCAGAUGGGCGUGAUGCCUGUAAAGGGCAGCUUCCUAGCUCCACAUCCACAUGCCUGGGCACUCAACUUAACGGUGCGCAGAGCAUGGACUUGCUGGUUGUCGGCUCCGUGGCAGCCAAUGACUCUUACAUGAUCGCGCGCGGCUGGAGAGAUGGAAGGCCACAGAUUGCAGACUUUCUGCCUCGUUGGGAGGAAGCGCUGAACCACACAAACUUUCCUCAGCUUCUCCGGAUGUUGCACGACGUGUUUCCUGGCCUCAUCAUCUGGCAAUCGUAUCCUUUUGUGCUCAGAGAAAGAGAUUCUCACAGAAGACUGCUACGGGAGCAUGUUGAGACAAUCCACCGAAUGAACGCACGGACGGAAAAGGCCAUCAAAUCUUUUCAAGAAGGUUAUGCGUCCGCCUGUGAUGCACGCAUACUUUUCGAUGAUUUCUGGCCGUUGCAGGUGAAGCAUGCAAAUAUGUACCAAGAUGUGAUUCACCAUCCAGGCCCGCUGUCGAACAUCAUUGUGCAACAAAUCAUGGAUCAAUGGACGCACCAUGCUCGCGUCUGCGAGUGA